UAUAUCAUAACUCGAAAAGGCUCUCCUAAAUCCUGACCUUUUUGUAACCAAUGUAAUUUUUUAGAAGUUCAAUGAUCACCCCAACACAUUCAUAAAAAUGGCACUAUACAGAGCAGAUCCAAGUAGGGUACCAUUACUGACAGAGGAAAAUUCAUUGGUCACCUUUGACGAAGAUGACAUUAAAAGAUCUGUGAUUAGAAAAAACAAGAAAUCAAGACGACAGUUUGUUUGCUAUGUUGUAUUCUCAGUCAUACUGAUGUUAAUGUUUGGAGCUGCUCUGUAUCUUCUGUCAGGAAAUCUCAGUGAAGAUGAUGACUACAAGAGACACGAUUUCCCUCCAUCAAAGUCAAAACUGGGAAAAUACAAACAGGCAGCCAUAGCUUCUGAUAAUGAAGUCUGUUCACAAGUUGGAAAAAAAAUACUGGAGGAAAAAAGGGGAUCAAGCAUAGAUGCUGCCAUAGCCGUUCUUAUAUGUUAUGGUGUAACAGAUCCACAUAGCUCUGGGAUAGGUGGUGGAUUCUUUAUGACAAUUUAUGACAGUAAAAAGAAGACUUCAGUUGUACUGGAUGCUAGAGAGACAGCUCCUCUUAAUGCAAAAGAGGACAUGUAUGAGAAAGAUCCUGAACAAUCAGUUUUAGGUGGACUGGCAAUAGCUGUACCAGGCGAGGUCAGAGGUUAUCAGAAAUUAUGUGAGAUGUACAAAUGUCUGCCAUGGAAGGAUUUAGUACAGCCGAGCAUUGACCUAGCUAAGAAUGGCUUCAAAAUAACUGCUAAUACGGGAAGAGCUAUAGAGAGUUCAAAGGAUAAAAUCAAUGCCAACCCAGCAUUUAAGAAAGCAUACACCAAUCCAGCAACAAAUGAGUUAUACAAGGUAGGAGAGUUUGCUAGAUUUCCAUUACUGGCUAAUACACUGAGGACUAUAGCAGAGGAAGGACCACAGACCUUUUACAAUGGAAAUUUAAGUAAAAACAUACUGGAGGACUUGAAAGAAGCAGAUUCCAUUAUACAAGAGAGAGAUUUACAGAGUUAUACUGUACUUCAAAAAGAGGCUGUAAAAUCUGUUUUGAAUGAUGGUUCUACACUGUAUUCAGCACCAGCGCCAUCUGGUGGUCCUGUCUGGUUGUUUAUCAUGAAUAUAAUGGAUGGAUAUAACAUAACUCCGGAAUCUGUUUUACCUGAGAAGUCAGAACUACUAACAUAUCACAGACUUGUGGAAGCCUUUAAGUUUGCUUAUGCUAAACGAACAGACCUUGGUGAUCCAGAUUUUGUCCCUAAUGUUACAGCAGUUGUUAAAAAUUUAACAUCACGUUCCUAUGCUGAUGGUAUUAGACAUAAAAUCUGGGAUAACCAAACACAUGAUUAUAUGUAUUAUGGACCAACAUUUUAUGACAAGUUAAAGACAAGCACAGCACAUUUAUCUAUGGUAGGGAAUGAUGGUUUGGCAAUAGCUGUUACCACGACAGUAAAUACAGUAUUUGCAUCAGGUAUACUAGGAUCAAGAACUGGUAUUGUGUUUAACAAUGAAAUGGAUGACUUCUCCUCACCUAACAUUACUAAUGACUUUGGUAUCAGACCAUCACCUGCUAAUUUCAUCAGACCUGGGAAGCGACCACUAUCAUCCAUGUCACCAUCGGUUGUUGCUGGUAAAGAUGGUGAUAUUAAACUUGUCAUAGGAGCAGCUGGUGGAUCUCAUAUAACUACUUCUGUUUCUUAUAUUACCAUGAGGGUGUUAUGGUUUAAAGAAACAAUAAAACAGGCGAUAGAUGCAGCCAGAAUUCAUCAUCAGCUAUUGCCUCCUUAUAUUUACUAUGAAUCAGAAUUUCCGAAGCAUUUUGUAGAAGGUUUAAGAAAUUUAGGACACAACAUUACAGACAAACCAGCCUUCAGAACAGAUGCUAAUGGAGUCACCACUAAAAAUGGAUUAUUGUAUGCUAACUGUGAUUUCAGGAGAGGUGGUGUGCCAGAUGGAUUCUAAAGAGAAUUAUUAGGGGAAAUUAAGAUGUAAACACAAAUAUACAAAUAAGAAGGAGAGAGAGAGAGAGAGUAAGAGAAUAAAAUGUUAAAAGGGAGAGAUAACAAGAUGUUAAAAAAUAGAAAGAAAGAGAGAGACACUUGAACGCAUAAUAAUGACUUCCAAUGAAUAAUUGAGAUUUAUGAAUAAUUGAGACUUCCAAUGUUUAAUUGAGACUUCCAAUGUUUAAUUGAGACUUCCAAUGAAUGAUUGAGACUUCUGAUAAAUAAUUGACACUUCCAAUCAUGGGGGUCUCAACCUACAAAUUUGAGUACAGACAUCUGGAAGGGGUUUGAAAAACAAACCCCCCCCCCAUUCAUAUAUUGAUUUAUGCAAAAUCCCUACCCAUUCAUAUAUUUCAGAAGAAAAUCACAACCCAUUUAUAUAUAUUUCCCAGCUAUCAUUACAUCUUCUUUCAAUAACCACAUGGGAUCCGUGAUUCAUUUUAUGAGAUAAAAACAUCAGAACACAGUUUUUUACAGACAUCUUAACAGAAAAUGAACAUGUAUGACCCACUGACAUAUAAAUUUCUACACAUUGAUAUAUUACCUCUGUGAAAUUGUACCCCAUUGAUAUAAUUGACAUUCCAAAAAAGAUACCCAUACCAGCAGCACGUCUGUGUAUACCUUUAUAUUGGAAGAGACCCCUCCCCCGUGCUUUCAAUGAAUAAUUGAGACUUCCAAUGAAUAAUUGAGAAUUCCAAUGAAUAAUUGAGACUUCUUAUGAAUAAUUGAGACUUCAAAUGUAUAAUUGAAAAUUCUAAUGAAUAAUUGAGACUUCCAAUGAAUAAUUGAGCUGUCAAUUGAAUAAUCGAGCCUUUCAGAAAAGGAAAAUAUGACUGUAUUUUAUUUGUUGAUUUGAGACUUACCCAACCUUUUACUUUGGGAAAUAUUGUUAGUAUUGUUAAUAAUUUUAGUGUCCUAUAAAUCUCUGGCAUAAAAUGAUUUCUUUAAUCUGUGAUAUGUUCCUCAAUUAUUUGAUUAGAAAAUUAAAAAUUUGAUACAAAAUUUAUCAAUAGGGUUUUAACUUUAAUGCUCAGACAUUGAUGGAAUCAUUCUACAAAGUAAUUUUCUGACUUUUUACUACAUAAUUGUUAUUGUUCUACCUACAGUCCCAUGUAUCAAAAUUUCAGGUACAUUUAAAUUUUGUGUUGAUAUGAACUGUAUAAUAAAAUGUAAAUGAUGAUCUUGUGAACUGUAUAAAUAUUAUGUAAAUACAUGUAGAGGACUGAAAGUUCUCAUUAAAUAUCUAGACAACUAUAAAUUUUAUCGUGGGUAGAUUAUCUUUACAAAGAUUUGAAAGUUAUGAAAGUUAUAACAAAGAUUGUAUAUAUUGUAUAAUCCUAUUAAGUGAUUUAGACUUUAUUAGACCCUUGAGAUACCCGUUUUUCAAAGUAUGUUAUAGGCGAUCGUUCUAGUAUUCAAAUUUUAAUAAUUGAUACAAAUUUUCUAGUUUAUUUAUCUUUUCUGAUAUAUGAAGUUGUAAUACAAUACACAUAUAAAACAUUUGACUAUUUUUAAAAUGAACAAACAUAAGUAUUUGAUUAAUUAGAAUUUAGUAAGCUAAAACACCUAUUUUAUAACAUUCCUUCACUUUUUUUAUUCCUGUUUACAAUAUAUUAAACAAUUGUCUUUCAUUGUUAUGUAUUUUUAUUGUGGUUUGGCUUGAUAUUAUAUUUGAAAUUAUUUUAGCAUUUUCACAAAUGUUUUGUCUAUAACCUUAGAAGAUUUUUUAUAAAAUUUUGCUCAAAUUAUGAUAUUUUCAUGGAAAAUUUAUAUAAUGAAAUAAUAUAUCCCUUAACAUGCAUGUACAAAUCCUGUCUGUUGAUGACUGAGGUGUCAAUUUGGUUUAUUCCCACACUUCUUUGGUGAUAAAUGUAUUAUAAAUGCAUAUUUCCUUUGAUAUAGGGGUGGUAGUUUGAUAAGAAAAUCUACUUUUAUCAGGACAGUAAACAUCUAAAAAAAGACAGGUAGUAUUGAUUAUAACAUGUGAAAUAUUGACCAUUUGCAGUGAUGGAUUCAGGGGUCAUAGAGAGUGUAGUACUUUGAGGCCCUUUCCUCAAACACUUAUCCACCCCUGAUUUGAAUUCCAGAUUUACCUUGUUUAAAAAAUCAUGAAAACUUUCCAUUGUUUCUAUUUUAACCAGAAAAUAAUCGCUGAAAAUUGUGACAAAUUAGAACUCAUCUUUUUUAAUUGUGAUAAGAUUUUAAUGCAUCAUUUAUGAAAUCACAUUUUUGUCUAUUGAUCGGUAAAUCUGAAUAAUAAUUGUUUAAUUAUUUCUGACUUUAUAUAUUAUUUACUGAUCAUUACAUGAAAUGUAAACGGUUCUGGGAAUAUGAUGGUAACAUGCAUUGUAUAUUUAAAAUAAAUCAUUCCAACUUUACCAAUAUUCCAUUUUAGCAUUUAUAAGUUUAGCAUUUAUAAGUUUAUGAUUUUGAAGAGUUAUUAUUGUGGUUUGUAUGAUAUUUUUAUGUUUUUUAUUGAAUAGUGUAUUUUUUGAACUGCAGAAAAUGAAAAUUUUUAUAUCUUUGUAUCUACUUUAUAACUGUUGUUGCUUAUAUUUGAUUUACAUUGACUUAUCUUUGUAAACAUAAGGGGAACAUUACUUAUUUAUUUGGCCACAUUUUUUUUUAAAUACAUCUAUUUUCCUUAAUCAUCAAUUCAGGUGGAUUGUGAUACAAAAUAUGUUAUAUUUGCGGGUUGGUGACAUGUCUGCUUUUGAACUAGAACAUUAAAAUAUAUUUCAGCUUAUUGGUUUAUUAUAAAGAAGGGUUUUUAUUCAAAUCAUAUUUACAUGUUUCUGUCAAGAUAUGCAAGUUAUAGUUGCCACUGGACAUUAAACACCAAUCCAUCCUUCCAUCUAUCUAUCAAACAUUCAAAGUUGUAGAGGUGAGCAAAUAAAUAUUUACAGUUUAAUAUUUUUUCAUUUGAAGUAAAUAUAAAAAUAGGAUGUAGUAUCCACCAAAUGAUGUAGAUAAAAGUAACUAUGAGUUACUGUGCAGCCUUCAAUACUGAACCUUCAAUGGAGUUAUGGAUGUAAGACUUUGGCAUGCUGUUUACAGCGAUGGUGGAGAUAACAGUGUUUGAGGUGUCAACAAGUUAUUUAAGUUUGUGAUAAGGUCUGUUUAAGAGAAACCACUAUUGGUAGGUCCUAAUAAUAUUUGGUCUGAUGAAGUUGUAUUAGCACAUGGUAUAAAAAGUUUUACAUAGUUUACAUAUUGAAGUGUUGUCAUUUUGGUUUCAAUUAUUGCAUUUCGCUACCAAAAAUAACAUACAGGAAAGACAAACAUGUAUCUCUGUGUCAACAGUUUUUUAAAAUAGUAAUUGAUGUACCGGUAAUUUAAAUUGAAUUUGAUACCUAAUAAGUUUGUUGACAGAUGAAUGUUUUAUGCUGUAAAUAUUUACAGGUCAUUCCAUUUGUGUAUUUUAUAUUUGUUGUCAUUUUAAACUGCAAUAUUUUUAUCAUGGAUCUAGAUUAUUUACCUUAUUUAUAUUCUUUUUUUGUGUUAAAUCAUGAGAUAUAUUUGUUUUGAUAUUGUAUGAUUUUGUCUAUAAAGAUGGUUUAAUUUUACAGAAAAAGAGUUGAAUAAUAAAUAUUUUGGAAACUUA